GCGCAUUGACGAACAGAAUGCAUUGACAGGAAGAAAUAUGAAAAUCGAUUAAAUCAUGGAACCAAAAGAGAAACAUCUUCAGAACAUGCGGGGGAAAUAGAAGACACAUCUAUGUAGGGAAAAGUGUGACAGACGCUUCAUUAUCCGUCCGUACGAUACUACGAACCAUUUAUGACGUCACCACUCAUUCUUGUCGUCUGUGGUGCCGUUCUAGCCGGCGUCCUUGGCAGCCUGUUCAUCACUAUCAGCCUUUCGGUGGACUCGUGGGAGACGAUUACGUACGACCAGGAUUCCUUGUCAACCUAUCUUAACGCCAACGCUAGUUCCGAAUACUCGUGCACGUUGGCGACAUCUGACACUGAUUUUAGUGUUAUGGAGCAAACACAAAAGGUGAUAUCGUCGAACGGGACGCAGACAUCCCAGGUGUACAAGUUCUACCUGUUUAAUACGUACAGCGGCGUUUGGCGGAUGUGUGAUGCACUUUCAGAUGAGUCACGUCAACGUCUAAGGACGCUGACCCAAAAUGAUGUCAACAGGUGCUUCACGUUCGUCACGCAAUAUGACGAAGAGACGAGCGAACUGCCAGAUAUGAUGAAAAGUAUCGGAAGGAUGCAGAACUCGGCCGCUUCCUGUUUCAUCGUGAGCGUGAUUGACCUGGUGGCGGCGGCGGCGGUCGGCACAUUCGCUAUCAUCCAGAAGCAGGUGUCUGCCUGUAUGGUCACCGGCGUCCUCUACUGUAUGGCAGGAUUGUUUUCAAUAUUUGGACUGACUAUUUUCCACACAAAGAUGUACUAUGAGAUGUACCAGUGUUACAAUUUUGAGAUCGACCUGAAUGAUUUGAGUGAACUUCCGGAUCCGGCAUGCGCAGCCCGGAUCGUUUCCAUUGGCUGGGCAAUACCACUUUCCUGGGUGGGAGUGAUUAUGUCACUUACAGCUUUUGGACUGUGGAUAUUCGUGACUAGGGCAUUCAGACUGAUCAAGUCAAAGACACUUAUUUGAGAGAAAAUAAUUGACAGACGGCUAUUAAAGCUGCACUCUCACAGAUUAAAUGAUUUGCGAAAGUCCAUGGAAACCAGUUAUAUAAGACUGCUGACAAAAUAUUUGAUCGCAGGUUCAAAAAUUGAUGUUUUAUGAUUUUUUCUUAAACGGUUUAAGCCAUAAAACAUUAAUUUUCGAACGGAAAUAUGAAAAUCUACGAUCUGAUUUUUUGUCUGCAAUCUUAUAUCAUUGGUUUGCAGAUAUUUACGCAAACAUUUGCUCUUUCCAAGAUAAAAAAUAAAAAGAGUAAUAAAAAUGGUAAAUCUGUGAGAGUGCACCUUUAAACGGCGUCGCGUAAUAUAAAAAAAUAAUUGGUAAUGAUGUUUUCAUGAUUAUCCAGAUAGGAUAUAUCUGCAUGAUUUGUCGUUGAGCUGGUUUUAUUAUUUAUUCUAUAUAGCCGUUAAAAUCUUGGCAUUGUGGUCAGUAUCAUGACAUUUUUCUUGCUUUGUAGUUCGUCUUUAACUCAAGAAAUAAUUUAAAUUUUACAACGUCACAAAACUUGUGUCAUAUCAAAUUAAACGAACAAGAUAUUUAAUAUUUAUUUAUUUUGUGUUAUGUGUUUUCUUAUCUAGGGCUAUUAUGCCACUGGUAGGGUAACAUUGCCUUAACGUGUUAAAAUAACUCUGUGAUAACAAUGAUAUUUAAGUCUUUAUUUGUUUUAAUACA